AUGCAAGCAUUUCUGGUCAUUCUUAGAUUUCUCUGCCUGCUCCUAACCCUGUCUGAGACCAAUGCGCUGGCGUUGCGGUCGCAGGACGUCCUUGCGCCAUUCGCUCUGAACGCACAGAUUCCGCUCGAGGAGCCAAAUGUACCGUCAGAGCAGCUCCCCCUGCCUGCCCCGGAUUCGCCUCUCGAGUCCAGCGAGAGCAUCAGCCGCACAUUGCACGACCUGCUCGAUGCUCUCAAUGUGAUGCAGGACGCUUACUUCGAACUGUGGCAAGGCACUUGGCCGUCCAGUAUCGAUUGGACUGCGGCCGUGCUCGGCACCCAUGUCUCGGCCACACUCUCCUCGCUGACGUCCACCGCCGUAACGCUGGAUGAUAUCGAAGAUUGGCAGCGAUCGACGAAGAGCGGCCUGUAUGAAUUGGGUUCGGAGAACUUGAUCAACCACUUCUUCGAUCAGACGUCGGCGUUCUACUUCGGCGAGAAUGCCAUCUCCCUGCGCGGUCAGGCCUUUGAUGAUAUGCUGUGGGUAGUCCUGGGUUGGCUGGAAAACAUAAAGUUUCAGGUCUUACACUCUGAUCUGCAUUAUGACGACCCGUUUUCGCCCAACUCCACUGCGAAGCUACGCUGGCACGGAACUCAGUUUCGAUCCCCGGCGGCACAUCGAGCACGUGUAUUUUACGGCCUCGCGUCGGGGGGAUGGGACGAGUUUCUUUGUGGUGGUGGAAUGAUUUGGAGCCCUUACUUGUCUCCCUACAAGAAUGCCAUCACGAACGAAUUAUAUAUCUCGGCGAGCAUUGGGAUGUACCUGUAUUUCCCGGGUGACAAGAUUGAUUCUCCCUUUGUGGCAGGAAUCGUGGACGACGAGAACUGGUCAGAUGGUUAUCCCCAUAACCCGGCUCACCUGCAAGCCGCUGUUGAGGGCUAUGCCUGGCUCAAUUCCUCUAACAUGACCGCGAGCAAUGGGCUCUAUGGCGACGGCUUCCAUAUAAGUGGCUGGGAAAGCGACGAUCGACCCGGCACGCGCAAGUGCGAUGUCCUCAACACUAUGGUAUAUACCUACAACCAGGGAGUGAUCCUUAGCGGGCUAAGGGGGCUCUGGUUGGCAACUGCCUUGCAACAAUACCUGUAUGACGGCCACCGACUCGUCCUGAAUGUGAUGAAGGCCACCGGAUGGCCCAAGAGGGACAGUCACCAGUGGCAAGGUCUCGGCCGCGGCGGCGUUCUGGAGGAAGCGUGCGACUCCUCCGCAAGUUGCUCUCAGAAUAGUCAUACGUUCAAGGGUAUCUUCUUCCACCACCUGGCGGAUUUUUGUCGGCCUAUUCGGCCGCAAGAGCUGCGAUUCUUGGCCAGUGCGAACCAGACCGAUGAGGAAGGAGAGGGCUGGCAGUAUGUGUACGAGUGGCACCAGGCUCGUUGUCGCGCAUAUCGACCGUGGAUCGAGCAUAAUGCGAACGCGGCUCUUGUGACCCGGAACAGCGACGGCAAGUUUGGCAUGUGGUGGGGAAACCAGUCCCGCGCGUCCGGCAGCACUAUCAUGGACGAAAGUCCCCUGCCGCUUGGGGCGAUCGACUAUGAGAAUUAUGGGGCGCGGGAUGAGGGAUCCGAAGCGCUGACGGGACUCUUGCGAAGUCGUGAAUCGCGGACAGUCGCCGAUGAGAACAAGCAUGAUGCCAACGAUCGGGGCCGAGGACGCACUGUCGAGACGCAGUCAGGGGGCAUCGCGGUGUUGCGGGCACUCUACCAGUGGAAGAGCUCACCGUCUCUAGCAUGA